CGGCAGCGUCCCGCGUUCCGGGUUCGGCGCUGCCUCCCGGGGCGGUGUGCCGCGCCCCGCCGCGAUCGGUGUCUGCAGCCAGCCUGUGUGCCGCUGAGCAAAGCCUGCCGGGGUGGUGUGUCCCAGGGCCGCGAGCGCCGGCCCCCUCCCUCCCCUCCCCCUUGGCCCGCUCUCAGACUCAGAUAAAGCAUUUCCUUCCAUUGUCAUCCUACCCGGCCGGCCUGGCUGCCAGGGCCCUCCCCCUCCCGGCCCCCUCCCUUCCUCUCGCCGUCUCACAGUCGCUCUGCAGCCUCCGGCGACCGGGGGGAUGUGAGGCCGGCGCCCCGGCCCCCCGCCCGCCAUGAGCCCCCGGCUCUGAGGGCCCCGGCCCCUGGAUGCACAGCCCCGGCGCGGGCUGCCCUGCCCUCCAGCCAGACACACCAGGCUGCCAGUCCCAGCCCAUGGAUCUGCGCGUGGGCCAGCGGCCCACAGUGGAGCCUGUACCAGAGCCUGCGCUACUGGCCCUGCAGCACCCCCAGCGUCUGCACCGCCAUCUCUUCCUGGCAGGCCUGCAACAGCCACAGCGCUCAGCGGAGCCCAUGAGGCUCUCCAUGGACGCACCAGUGCCAGAGCUGCAGGGGGGACAGCAGGAACAAGAACUUCGGCAAAUUCGCAAUAAAGACAAGAGCAAGCGAAGUGCUGUAGCCAGCAGUGUGGUCAAGCAGAAGCUGGCUGAGGUGAUCCUGAAAAAACAGCAGGCAGCCCUUGAGAGAACAGUCCAUCCCAGCAGCCCCAGUAUUCCCUACAGAACUCUUGAGCCCUUGGACACAGAGGGUGCUGCCCGCUCUGUGCUUAGCAGCUUCCUGCCUGCAGUUCCCAGCCUACCCACUGAAGCCCCGGAACACUUUCCCCUGCGUAAAACAGUGUCUGAGCCCAACCUGAAGCUGCGCUAUAAGCCCAAGAAGUCCCUGGAGCGGCGCAAGAAUCCCCUGCUCAGAAAGGAGAGUGCCCCGCCCAGCCUUCGGAGGCGGCCUGCUGAGACCCUUGGAGACUCCUCCCCCGGUAGUAGCAGCACACCUGCCUCAGGGUGCAGCUCCCCCAAUGACAGCGAGCAUGCCCCCAACCCUGCCCUGGGCUCAGAGGCGCUCUUGGGCCAGCGGCUGCGGCUGCAGGAGACUUCUCUGGCCCCGUUCGCUUUGCCGACAAUGUCCUUGCUGCCCGCAAUCACACUGGGGCUGCCUGCCCCUGCCAGGGCUGAUGGUGACCGCAGGACCCAUUCGACUUUGGGCCCUCGGGGUCCUGUCCUGGGGAACCCCCACGCUCCCCUCUUCCUGCACCAUGGUCUGGAGCCCGAGGCUGGAGGGACCUUACCCUCUCGCCUACAGCCCAUUCUCCUCCUGGAUCCCUCAGUCUCCCACGCCCCACUGUGGACUGUGCCUGGGCUUGGGCCCUUGCCCUUCCAAUUUGCCCAGCCCUUACUGACCACCGAGCGGCUCUCCGGCUCAGGCCUCCACCGGCCACUUAACCGGACCCGCUCAGAACCCCUGCCCCCCAGCGCCACUGCCUCCCCUCUGCUGGGCCCCCUGCAAUCCCGACAGGAUCGGCUCAAACCUCAUGUCCAGCUGAUCAAGCCAGCCAUCUCCCCUCCCCAGAGGCCCGCCAAGCCAAGCGAGAAGCCCCGACUGCGGCAGAUACCCUCAGCUGAGGACCUAGAGACAGAUGGUGGGGGAGUGGGACCUGUGGUGAAUGAUCGCCUGGAACCUAGGGAGUCAGGCCACGGGCCUCCCGAGGGCAGAGGCCCCGUUUCUCUGCAGCAGCGCCAGCAGGUGCCGCUCUGGGAGCAGCAGCAUCUAACUGGGCAGCUCUCCCAGGGAAGCUCCGGCGACUCUGUGUUGCUACCUCUGGCCCAGGUCGGACACCGGCCCUUGUCCAGAACCCAGUCUUCCCCAGCAGCUCCUGUUUCCCUACUGAGCCCAGAGCCCACCUGUCAGACCCAAGUCCUCAACAGCUCAGAGACACCUGCCACAGGGCUGGUCUAUGACUCAGUGAUGCUGAAACACCAAUGCUCCUGUGGAGACAACAGCAAGCACCCUGAGCAUGCAGGCCGCAUCCAGAGCAUCUGGUCCCGGCUGCAGGAGCGGGGUCUCCGCAGCCAGUGUGAGUGUCUCCGGGGUCGAAAGGCCUCCCUAGAGGAGCUGCAAUCAGUCCAUUCUGAAAGGCACGUCCUCCUCUAUGGCACCAACCCCCUCAGCCGCCUCAAACUGGAUAAUGGGAAGCUGACAGGCCUCCUGGCACAGCGGAUGUUCGUGAUGCUACCCUGUGGCGGGGUUGGGGUAGAUACUGACACCAUCUGGAACGAGCUGCACUCCUCCAAUGCAGCCCGCUGGGCCGCAGGCAGCGUCACUGACCUCGCCUUCAGAGUGGCUUCCGGAGAGCUGAAGAACGGUUUUGCUGUGGUGCGGCCCCCAGGACACCACGCUGAUCAUUCCACAGCCAUGGGCUUUUGCUUCUUCAACUCCGUGGCCAUCGCCUGCAGACAGCUUCAGCAACAAGGCAAGGCCAGCAAGAUCCUCAUUGUUGACUGGGAUGUUCACCAUGGCAACGGCACACAGCAAACGUUCUACCAGGACCCCAGUGUGUUGUACAUUUCCCUGCACCGCCAUGAUGACGGCAACUUCUUCCCAGGCAGUGGGGCUGUGGAUGAGGUGGGGACUGGCAAUGGUGAAGGCUUCAAUGUCAACGUGGCUUGGGCUGGGGGCUUGGAUCCACCCAUGGGGGAUCCUGAGUACCUCGCUGCCUUCAGGAUCGUGGUGAUGCCCAUUGCCCGAGAGUUUGCUCCAGACCUGGUCCUGGUGUCUGCUGGAUUUGAUGCUGCCGAGGGUCACCCAGCCCCGCUGGGUGGCUACCAUGUUUCUGCCAAAUGUUUUGGGUACAUGACACAGCAGCUGAUGAACUUGGCAGGAGGUGCAGUGGUGUUGGCCUUAGAGGGUGGUCAUGACCUCACAGCCAUCUGUGACGCCUCUGAGGCCUGUGUGGCUGCUCUUCUGGGCAACAAGGUGGAUCCCCUUUCAGAAGAAGGCUGGAAACAGAAGCCCAACCUCAAUGCCCUCCGCUCUCUGGAAGCUGUGAUCAGGGUGCACAGGAAAUACUGGGGCUGCAUGCAACGCUUGGCCUCCUGUCCAGACUCUUGGCUGCCCAGAGUACCAGGGGCUGAUGCAGAAGUGGAAGCCGUGACUGCACUGGCAUCCCUCUCUGUGGGCAUCCUGGCUGAAGACAGGCCCUCGCAGCAGCUGGUGGAAGAGGAAGAACCUAUGAAUCUCUAGGGCUUCAGAGCAGAUCACCUGCCCUUCAGGCGUCUCCUCACCUCUGUUGUCAGCCCUGUUCCUGGGUCUGCAGAGAUCCUCUGGGCAGGUAGUCAGGUCCAGAGCAUAGCUACCCUGACAGCUACCCCAGGGAACUGAGAAGGCCACUGGGUCUGGGAUGGGGACCAGGAAGGAUCCUGGGAAGAGGCAGGCUGGGCACUAGGGCCCAGCUGGGCUCUUCCAGAAUGGGCCCAGUCCCCUAGCUGUGGCCUCCAGCCCUCAGGACUGCACAGCGGAGGACUGGUUCAGGUGGACCCGUAACUGCCACUAUUUUUAACUUCGAAGGCCCCAGAUUUUGCACACCACCCCAGGCUCCAUACAGAAAUGUGAACUUGGCCUCAGCCAGGGUGGCCCUUCCCAGGUUCUGAAGGGCUAGGGUAGUAGGAGCCAAGGGGUCCCCUAUUCCUGAGGACAGGAGAGCUUCCUCAGUUGUCUUUCGGCAGCCCCGGGCUCUGAGAGCCACUCUGAGCUGCUCUCUCUGUGAGCAGUCACCAGCAAGCCUCCCAUCUGGUCACUGCCCUGCCAGAGGCCACCCUAUGUGGACCAUCUCAGUGCCUUGGUGCAGCAGACAGGUGCUGAGUCCUGUGCUUCCUGACCCAAUGGUGCCAAACCUUCAUCUCCCCUUAGAAGCACAACACAAGCCCAGGGAUGCCUGGUCACUGCCCCCAGAAUGAGCCUGCCUUCUGUUUCUGGGGUUCCCCCACCUCGACUAUGACUGCUGCCCCACAUAGGACUAGCUUGGCUGAGGGGAGAUAAGGUGGGAGAAUAGACAGACAUGGGGGAGGGGAGGCCACCCCAGAAGUCUUCAAGACUUUUGAGGUCAGGCCUGGGGCCAAGAAAGUGUUUGUGUGUAUGCGUGCGUGCGUGCGUGUAAGAGUGUGUGCGUGUGUGUCUUCCCCAAGACCUGCCAUACCUUGUGUAUGUAUGCAUGUUUUUGUAAAAAAGAAAAAAAUGGAAAAAAAACUGAACAAUAAAUGUUUUAUUUGC